GGUCACUUUGCAACUAUAAAGAGAUGAUAUCAUAACAAAGGAGUUUACACAUUGAAUUGUUUUGUUGAAAGCUAUAUAUGAUGAGUAGUCCUGCUCAGUCUUCGGUAGCCAAGAGGUUAGAAGGCAAGGUAGCAUUGAUAACUGGUGGUGCAAGUGGCAUAGGAGAGAGCACAGCUAGGCUGUUUCUCAAGCAUGGAGCCAAGGUUCUUAUUGCUGAUAUCCAAGAUGAAUUAGGUCAAUCUCUCUGCAAAGAGCUCGGAACCCCAGAUAUCAUCAGCUAUAUCCAUUGUGAUGUGACGUGCGAAACGGAUGUCCAAAACGCCGUGGACUUAGCGGUCUCUAGGUAUGGUAAGCUUGAUAUCAUGUUCAAUAAUGCCGGCGUUGCAGGGGAGGAUGAGUUGAGAGCCAUUGCUUCAGAAGUUGAUAACUUUAGGAAGGUCCUUGAUGUCAAUGUGGUUGGUGGUUUCUUGGGUGCCAAGCAUGCUGCUCGAGUGAUGGUUCCGGCCCAAAAGGGGUGCAUUCUCUUCACCGCUAGCGUCGCUUCAUUGCUUUACGUCGGCGUUCCUCAUGCCUACAUCACAUCAAAGCAUGCUGUGGUGGGAUUGGCUAAGAGCUUGAGCGGAGAGUUAGGGGAGUAUGGGAUACGAGUCAAUUGCAUCUCGCCUCACGGCAUUGCGACUCCUAUGAUGUUUAAAACGUUAAAGACAUCGGAUAAGAGAAAGGUAGAAGAGAUGAUUUUGAGAAAUGGAGUGUUGAAAGAGGCCAUACUCGAAGCAGAAGAUAUUGCGCAGGCUGCCCUGUUUCUAGCUAGCGAUGAGGCCAAAUAUGUGAGUGGUGUCAACUUGCCUGUCGAUGGAGCCUAUAGUAUCAAUAAUCAAACAUGGAAAAAGGGUCUGAUGGAAGACUGUAUUGCUGAAUAGAUGCUGCCUUUUGCAAUGGGGUUUUAGGGCUUAAUGCUUCAUUCAUAUAUUUGACAAUUCCAAAACACCUUGCCUUAGAAUUAAAUAAAUGAAUCGUAACAUGUCUUAAAUAAAUGAGCUUUUGAAUUUGGAUGAAA